AUAGAGGGCAUCGGAGUAUCGGACCCAAAUACGAAGAGAGUAGAAACCAGGGUCGCGAGAGAGAUGAGUGUCGCAUCAACGGCGGGGUAUCUAGCUCGGAGAGCAGCGCAGAAAGAGAGGGUUCGGAUUCUCUACCGGCGUGCCCUCAAAGAGACUCUCAACUGGGCCGUCCACCGCCACCUCUUCUAUAAUGAUGCCGAUGACCUCCGCCAGCGGUUCGAAGCUAAUAAACACUUGGAAGAUCUUGAUACAAUUGAUAGCCUGGUAGUUGAUGGUGAAGCACAGUACAAUAAGUGGCGUCACCCUGACCCUUAUAUUGUUCCUUGGGCUCCUGGUGGUAGCAAGUUCACCCGAAACCCGCCGCCUCCACCUGGGAUUGAGAUUGUAUAUGACUAUGGUCGGGAGGAGCCUGCCUAAAACUGGCAUCAUUUCCCAUGCAAUCAAUAAAGAAGAAAUGGCGGCCAGCAUGUUGUUCCUGCUAAUUGAAGCAAAAUGUCAUUUGAACCUUUAACGUGCUGAGAUGUUCCGUCGCUCUUUUCUGUGCAUUUGUUUUUAUCUAAUUUGGUUGGGUUUCUCCAUCGUGUUUGUCAGACAUGGAAAAUGGUAUCCAUUUUACACUAAACCUUGUGUUGGAAAACUUCAAUGUAUUAGUUACAAGUUAUAACCCGCAUAUUCUUUAUUUUAAGAGAAAAUAGGGGUUUUCCUGCCAAA